UUUUUUUAUUUGGUUUCCUGAUUGUUUUGUAAUCACCUUUUCAUCCCCUUUAUUUUUUCCAUUGCCUGUUGUCUUUUCAUCAUGUUUUCAUUUCUCUUUAUCUUUUCCAUUACAUUUCGUUCUUUAUUUUUUUAUACCACAUUUUGUUUCUCUUUAUCUUAUUUUUCGUCCUUUAUCUUUUUUGUUACUUUUUCAUAUUCUCAUUUCCUUUAUUUCUUAUCAUUUUUUCAUCUUUUUCAUUUUUUUUUAUUUUUUUAAAUUCUUUUAUCAACCUUCAUUCUUUAUCAUUCAAUUCUUUUUUUUAAUACUUAUUUAUCUUUUUUUGUCAUUACUGGGUUUUCUUUUUUAUAUUAUUAUAGUCCUGCUAAUAUAAAAACUUUG